CGUAACCCUAUUGUUCCUCGUCAUCUUGUUGUUCCGUCACGGAGAAGCAAAAAUGGUCAGAGUGGCGGCGAAGGGCGGGAAGAAGAAGGCAGUAACCUUCACCAUCGACUGCUCGAAGCCGGUGGAGGACAAUAUCAUGGACAUCGCCUCCUUCGAGAAGUACCUCCAGGAACGCAUCAAGGUUGCCGGCAAACCUGGUAACCUUGGCGACUCCGUCGCCGUCAUCCGUGACAAGUCCAAGGUUACCAUCAGCUCUGACUCUGAGUUCUCCAAACGGUACCUCAGGUACUUGACGAAGAAAUACUUGAAGAAACACAAUGUUAGGGAUUGGCUUCGAGUAAUUGCUGCCAACAAGGAUGCAAGUGUUUAUGAAUUGAGAUACUUCAACAUCGCAGAGAAUGAGGGCGAGGAUCAAGAGUAGUAGUGUUGAUAGCAUUGUCUUUGUUUACUUGCUAGUACCUUAGAAGAAUCUAUCUUUAUUAUGUUGAGGUGUUUCAAAAUUUUGACCUCAUGAUGCCAUUACUUUGCCCUGCUUUGUGGCUGCGCCGAAAGAGACGACAAUUUUGGUUUCCAUUUUUUCUGUGAUUUGCCAAAUUGUUACCUGAAAGAGAAAAGUGAAAAUUACGACUUCUUAACUUCUUCUUAAUAAAUCUUUCUGACGUAU